AUGGCCGAAACACCGCAAUGGGUCAAGGCGCUUAAGCCAGCCGGCCCUCAAGGCACCGAGCUGCUCAGCCAGGAGCGUGCAAAGUCCAACGUCAACGUCGACCAAUUGAGCACUUUCCUCUUCACAAAGGAGGCUCUCGAGCGUAAGAGCCGAGUGUUGAACAUCCUCCAAGCAGAGAAGGUCUUCGACAAGAGCCAGGACUACUUCUUGGGACGGACGGACAAGUUCGAGCUCGCCCUGGCCCGAGCGAAGAAGUACCGACAGUUGGCUGUGCAGAACAAGUGGUCGGACGAGGAGAAGCGGGUCGCCAACGACCUCAUCUCAGAGCCUUUGCCAUAUGCUCUGCACGAGGGCAUGUACCUGGUGACUCUGCGGGAUCAGGGAACGCCAGAGCAGCACAAGAAAUACCUCGUCCCCGCGCAGAAGGAUGAGAACAUUGGCUGUUAUGCUCAGACCGAGCUUGGUCACGGCUCCAAUGUCCGAGGACUGGARACACUUGCCAUCUGGAACCCCGACGACAAGACCUUCAUCAUCCACAGCCCAACACUGACGGCUUCAAAGUGGUGGAUUGGAUCACUUGGACGGACCGCAAAUUACGCAUGUGUGAUGGCUCAGCUGAUCAUCAAGGGCAAGCCAUAUGGUCCUCACCCAUUCGUCGUCCCGAUCAGAGACUUGAAGACCCACCAGCUGCUGCCAAAUGUCUACGCUGGAGACAUUGGUCCAAAGUUCGGUUACAACACCAUGGACAAUGGAUUCCUCUUGUUCAACAAGGUCAAGAUCCCCCACGAUGCCAUGUUGGCCCGUUUCUCCGCAGUCGACCCAAACACAAGCAAGUACCUUCAGCCUAGCAGCCCGUCUUUGAUCUACKGUACCCUCACCUGGGUGCGGAGUAACAUUGUCCUCGCUUCCGGCAGCACUCUGGCUCGCGGUGUCACCAUCGCGACCAGGUAUCUUGCUGUGCGUCGGCAGUUCCAGGACCGUGAUGCGCCUUCAACCCAGAAGGGUGAGAACCAAACGAUCAACUACACAAUGGUACAGAUCCGAAUCCUCCCCCUCCUUGCGGCUUGCUUCGCCAUGCACYUUACCGGCAAGGGUAUGAUGGCUCUCUACGAUGCCAACCAGAGGAAGAUUCAAUCCAACACAAGCAAGGCCGAUCAGUCCACUCGCGAGCCAGGUCCAGAGGAGACUCAGUCCGGCUCUGACCUGCUUGCUGACUUGCACGGAACCUCUUGCGGUUUGAAGUCGCUGUGUUCGACCAUCGCGGCUGAAGGUCUGGAGGUCUGCCGUCGUGCCAUGGGUGGUCACGGAUACAGCGCGUUCAGCGGUGUCGGCCACUGGUACGCAGAUUACCUGCCCACCGUCACUUGGGAGGGCGACAACUUCAUGUUGACACAGCAAGUUGCCCGCUACCUGCUCAAGGCAGCACGCACAGUCAAGAAGAACCACGAUGCAAGCAACGACACCACCGAGAUCUUGACCUACUUCCACAAGCGUCAAGACAUUGGUUCCGCGUUUGACAUUCUCGGCAAGGAUGAGGACAUUGUCUCUGCGUAUGCUUGGAGAUCCGCCUACCUCACCUUUGAGGCGCUUCGCCAGCGUGACGAACUCAAGCAGAGCUGGAACAGCCUCCUGCCUCAGUUCUACACUCUCUCGCGCGCCCACUCGCAGUACUUGGUGGUGAAGAACUUCUACGAGACUUUGCAAUCACCAUCAAUUCACUCCGAGCUCGACCCAGAGACUCUGAUGCUCAUGCACAAGCUCUUCCGCCUCUAUGCUCUCCACACCAUUGAGCAGGAGCCUUCGGAGUUCUUCACAUCUUCCGCCGUGACCGUUGCACAGAUCAGACUUGCCCGCAACAAGGCUGUGAUGCAGCUCCUUGAGGAGAUUCGCCCACACGCCAUCAGACUUGUGGAUGCGUGGCAGUUCCCUGACUUCCAACUCAACUCCUCUCUGGGACGUUAUGAUGGCAAGGUGUACGAGGAUAUGUUCCACCGUGCCUCGGAGCUCAACCCCCUCAACAAGAAGAUUAUCGAUCCUUACCCUAACAGCCCGGUGUUAUUCAAGGGAGAGAACCCGAGAGUCAAGCUUUGA